CGUCCUCCCCGUCGUGCUCAGCACCUCCCGCCAUACCGUCGCUCUCUUCACUCUUAAUGCCGAGCUUGUUCUCUCGUGCACGGACCACAUCGACCCCGACAAAGAAAUCCGCCUUCGACCUCGGCGCACAGGACGAAUUCGGCCGCAUCAGCAGCAGAGGCUCCCCGCGGCCACCCGUCCAGCAGCAGUUCGUCGCGACCGCGAAGAAGGCGGCCAAAAAGGACGGCGGGAAGAGCUCCGCAAAGUCACGGGCAGUCGCCGCGGAUGAUGAGCAGCAGGACUACGGCCCCCCUGACGGUGCCUUUCUCCCCCUGAGCCUCGAGCGGCCCCGGUACGAGCACGGCGAGGGCCCUGUACUCGAACAGCCGCCCUCGCACGACUACGGCUAUCUGUCGUACGGCCGCCAUGUCAUUCUGGGGCCCGAGGAGGUCGCACGGCUCGUCGACGUGGUGGGCGAGGAGUUGGGCACGCGGGGACUGACGACCCCGUUCAUCUUCUCGACUCUCGCGCUCGACGUAUCCUCAGCGGCGGUGAAACGGCUCAUCCAGACGUUCCUCAAUACGUGCACGAAAGCAUCGUCGGAGGCGGACAGGCAAUGGCGACAGGAAGCGCGCCUGGCGGGUCCGCACGAACUGGGAAUGGCGCUACGGUGGGGACUGGCUCGGGUAGUACGAUGGGUGGGCGGGCACCAGGUCCGCGGACUGGUCUCGUACGACGCAUACAGCCAGUGGCGGGACUCUGAAGCUGUGCUCAACUACCCCGGACUGCAUUUCUCUUCAUUUCUGGACCCCUUGGAUCCUCUUCUACGUUCAAUUCUGGUCGGGCUGUUCACUCUAUUGACCCGGUUCGCUGCGCACUCUGCAUCUUCCGGGCACACGCCUCCCACCUUGUCGCCGCUUUUCGGGCCUUUGCUUUUCGGGCUGGGACCAUCGACGCUCAACUUCCACCAUGCAUAUAUGCACUAUCUCCACGCCGUAACCGCAACGGAACACCUGCUGCUCGCCUUCAUACGCUGGCAAGACACCAAAGCGAGUGUGUCGACGCCCGCCCUCGGUGUUCCCACUCGCCUCAAGGCAUGGAUACAGGGGUACCCGGCGAUGCUGCCGUCGAUAGGCAAACAGGAGCGCCCUCAGCCGCGACGGGGCGCCCGUACUGUGCGCAUUCUCAGCGUACGGCGCAAUGUCCGCAUGUACUCGCCCGACCUGGUCAAGACCGCAGCAUCCUGGGCGCAGCGGCCUCGAGGCGCCGUGUCAAGCGCGGGCGAGCGUGCUUUCGCGGGCUCGCGGGAGUGGGAGCGAAUCGCGCCGCCUACACUCAAGCUGCCGCCACGAUACUCAGACGCAUACAAGAAACGUAUGGACCUCGCACCGACUUUCCACCCGGACGUUGGUGCUUCCUCCACCGCAUCUUCGCCGCCGCCAUCAUUGACAUCAAGCAUCUCGUCGGCAUCAUCUGCCGGGUCAACGUUGUUUGACGAGAAGGAGCACGGCUUGAUUGGUGGCGAGGACCGGUUCCGGAGCUUGACAGACCUGAAGUGGGGCGAAUUUGAGGCAAUGGGCUUUGGCAGUGUUGCAGCGGACGAUAAGAAACUGCAGUUCGACCUCACGGAGGGCGCGCGAGCGGCCCGUGCUGCGAAACGCGCAACGCUGACAUGGCAAGAUUUCUCUUCUUCGGGUUUCUCGCGGACAGAUGCACACCUUAGCGCUACACUGCAAUUUAGCGCUCCGGUCGCCAACCAGAUCAACGCAUGGCCAACUCAAUCUGCGGAGAUGCACCGCAAGCUGAAGAAGGCCCAGAAAGCCCUGCCUCCGUUUGGCUGGGACACUGAGCCUGUUCUGGGUGGAGAGGAGGUGAUCGAAGAGGCCUUCGUGGACGUCUUCUGCGAUCUCAUAUACGGUGGCGGAUGGAUGGAUGAUGACCGACACGAGGAGAUAGACCGAGAAUGUAACUGGGCAUUGAUCGAGUUCAAGUCUUUGCCUGUAACUCGAACCAACACCGUCUCGGGCGCUGGGGAUCCCCGCGCCUCCACCACGCUCGUUCUUUUCGAGGAGUUUGUUCCCGCGGAGUACCGUCAGCAACUUGCCUCAUCUGGAGCGAACCGCCGGAGACUUCCUUCGCUCUUCUCUGCGUCGACAAAGUCCAAACAGUGGAAACCUGCUCCAACACUCAAUGGUCGGCCGUAUGUCGUGGGACACGUGCCGCAUAGUCCGAAUUACCGCGAAGUCGAAUUUGAAGGCCUCCUGCGCUCCAAUGGUAGCAAGGUCUUGUCGUUGAAUCGCAGUCAAGAAGGCUCGCGACCCCCACCUGUCCUUACAUCCGCCAGCGUCAUCGCCACUCCCGGCCAUGAGCUUGGAAAUCCUCUGGCAAAGGCCCUCAGCCCUCAAUUUCUGAACACCAUGCGGUCCGAUUCACCUAUUCCGAGCCCGAGGCUCCCGUCAAGCCCACAAGAUGACGGCGGCUCUCCUCUGGUCAAGAAGAGCUCCCGUUUUCGCCUGCCGACCGGACUUCCAUCAAGCCCUGCAGCGCCGCGGCGAGCCGGUCUUCUGCCGACGGAGUACGACCCGGUGGAGUUCGACACUCGUCUCGCAAGUUUUGACGAUGAGGAGCUCGGCAAGAAGAAGCACAAUCGUCGACGCUCGAAAGACGACGCGUGGGUGGACAUCCUCGUCGCCAACUCUAGCCGCCGGAUGGGAUCGCAGGACGCCGAGAUGCGCAAUGUGCUCAAGGGUGGCCGUUCGGAUCCCGAACUCGCCAGCCAAGAAGUGUCAGAGGUGCUCGCUGCCGUGCGCGGCCACUUCUCCGAUGACGAGGACGAUGGUAUGGAGCCUGUUGCGGGCCCAAGCGGCGAGGGCGACACUUCAACGUUGCAGGACUCCGUACUCGAGCACACGCCAGCCAGCGCGGACCACCACGGCGACGACGAGGGUGAUUCGCAGACGCAAACCACUCCCAGGCGACGCGUGGGUUACUUCGAUCUCCACCCUGACCGUCGGCCUCCCACCGUUGCCGACGAUCCUAGGGAUCGCUUCGAGCGUCCCUCGUACGAGAGUGACACCUCAACCGAGAACCCGUACACCGCAUCUGCUGUCAAGAAGUCACCUCGUGCCAACCUGACACCGAUGGACAACUCGGAUCUGAACCGACUAUCCACUGCUUCUGAGUACGAGUCAGACCCAGAACCUGUCCACAUCGGCUCGCAGUCCAUUCCGCGGGACGUCAGCAAGUCCUCCGGUGGCAAGCCGCUGCCCGCCAUCUCGCCGGCGAAGGACGAAGAUACCCCCUCCCCUCCGGCGAAGUCCUCCGCGAGCAAGACCGCGUCGCUCAUCGAGAUGUACCGCGAGCGUGAGCGUAACGCCAGCUCGGCGAGCCCCAUCCCUUCCUCCCGCCUUCCCGUUCGUCAGGCUUCCCUGCAAACCGCGCGCCUGAACGGGAAGGAACGCUCUACUUCCCCUCUUCCUGCCACCCCGACACCCCCUACCCCCGCCGACCUCCCGGAAAUAGUGGAGCCCGAGCCCGCUGACGACAAGGUGAGCGAAGAAGAUGUUGUGAUUGAAAUUCCCACCACCUACGUCCAUGGCGCUCCCCUUUACAACGUGCUCGAGGAAGAGGAGGAGGAAGCUUAGUUCGGAGCUUCCCCAGCACGGCCUCGCCCUCGCACGGCGCGCACCUCGUGCGCUUGCUCCUCUACCCCUUCCAUUUCCCCUCGAGGGUCCGCUCUGAAACAUCGUAUUCAGCCCCGAUGAACGUGGCCGCCGUCGUCCCCGCUCGCCUGGCCCACCGCCGCGGACACGACGUCCUGCUGCCCGCUGCGUCGCUCGUGGUCCGGGCGCCCCAACACCCCCGCAUGCUCCUCAAACCCUCGACAUCGUUUCUUGCUAGUGUUGCAUAGUAACCCUCCCGUUCUUUCACGACGAUACCACAGAGCCCGCCCCGGUUCCGGCUAACUUCCUCGUUCAUUCUGGGCCCCGGUUCCCCCUUACCUAGCCCGUUCCCUUUCCCGGAUCAGCGCCGCUGUGCGCCCACUGUCCUCGCAAUAUACGUAUGUUCUGCGCCUCUUGGCCCCGCUAUGUUGUGCAUUCCUUCUCUCGAAUCAUCUAUGUCUCACCUUGCUGAAGCGGACCCGCGCUGUUCUCAUCC